GGUUUGCCCGCUCGGACGUGUUGACCCGGCACUUGCAACGGAAUCACCCAGAAGCAAGCGCAUCCUCGGAAUAUUUACCCCCCACGACAAGACCCCGCACAUUUAUGGCUUGUGAUCGAUGUCAUUCCAAAAAAUUGAAAUGUGUCGGGGGAAUUCCUUGCUCGUCUUGCCGUACUCGGGGGGAGUCAUGCCUGUUCAAGCGGAGGGGACAUCGUAAUGCUCGCGCUUGCUCUAAUCAAACGUUAACGCAGGUAGAGGGCGGAAGUCCAUCCUUUUUGCAUCGUGCAACGUCAAAGACUCUAGCAGACGUGGACGAUACCGAACGAACUAGUAAUGCCGCACAUAAUUAUUCUCGUGCUUCUAACGCGGAAGCUGCGGCUGGGGAAUACUCACAAGGUCAGCCCGAGCUCGGUUUAUCUUGGGAUGAGCUCCUAGAUUCAACAGUUGUCUCCACUGGAUCAUUGCCGUAUUCCGAUAAUCUAACACUGUUUGACUUCCUGGCAUUUGAGGCCGAGGCAACGCAGAAUGGCCAAUCAUGCCGCCGUAUCAGCCAGCUGCGCAGGACAACACUGCCCGCCCAUGUGAACAAGCCUUGAAUGUGCUUUUGGGGUAUAUGAAUGAGGUAUCCAGUGAAGGACCUUCAUCUAGGCCUCAAGAUAUGGCCUGGAUUUACAAAAGCCCCUGCACGGAGCUAUACGAUAUCGAAAUGAUAGAGAUUCUCCUCUCAUUGUUUCAACUCCACGUCACUACCACGUUUCCUGUAUUCAAGCAUAUCAACCAACCAGGAAAGCUGCACGAGGGGCUUCGUCUGGCGAUGGCUGCGGUGGGUGGCAUAUAUUGUUCGACAUCCGGCGCUUCCGUCGUGGCAAA